AUGAACAAUCAGGUGCAACCAACAUCCGCAGAGGAAGAAAAGGCACAAGAAGAGAGGAAUGAGAAAAAAAACAGACGUCGAAAACUAGGCAUUAUAUUGACAGUCAGCUCACUAGUGGCGCUUGCACUAGUUGCGGGCGGUGUAUCAACGGGUGAUAGCGCAGAAGAUGACACUGUACUCGGGGCUAGCAAUCAAGUGACAGACUCAACGACGCCAAUCCUAUGUCACAAUGAUUUAUGUCAGCAUGGUGGAGAAUGUUCUGGAACGGUAGACAACUUUAUAUGUACAUGUGUUGAUGGAUUUGAAGGUGAAAGGUGCGAGUUCGAGACAGAAGUAGAUGAAUGCCAACCAAAUCCAUGCGAGAAUGGAGCAGCUUGUGUCAAUGAAAUAUCCGGAUAUGAGUGCGUGUGUACUGCUGGAUAUGAGGGCACACACUGUGAACUUGAAGAACCCAAUAUAUGUAUACCAAAUCCAUGUGAAAACGGGGGUGUGUGUGAGAAAAACGCCGACGCAUAUAAUUGUACCUGUCCACUCGGAACGUCGGGGGAUGUAUGUGAAAUAAAUCCUGAUGACUGUUUAGAUGAAAAUCUGUGUAAUGGUGGGGUGUGUAUUGACGACAUAAACGACUACAUAUGUGACUGUACGGGAGCUUCUCCUUUGACUGGUGCAGUGUUGAUUAUCAGCAACGAACCUGAUAUGAAUGGAGGAGCCCAGUGUGGUGAGGAGGUGAGUGACGAGCUAGCCAUGGAGGAAAUAAUUGAAUUCGAAUGUGGCGACGGUAUAACUGGGCAGUAUGUAUCGGUGUUAAUACCAAAUGUCACAACCACUCUCUCACUUUGUGAGGUUGAAAUAUAUGCACCAUUGAGGAGACGUUUUGAAUUGGUUGGUAGUACUAAUACCUGGGCCGAGGCUAAAUCUCUGUGCAGUAGUAGGGGUGGCCAUUUAGCAAAGAUUGAAAAUGCCGAGGACCAGUCAUAUAUAGUAGGCCUUAUUGGUCAGAGUGGGUUGUCUCCUCUCACGUAUGGCUGGUAUAUUGGAUUAAACGACAGAGCAAUUGAGGGCACGCGGGUGUGGGAGGAUGGCUCCAGUCUUGUGGGUUACACCAAUUGGCAUCCAACUGAACCAAACGAUGGCGGAAACUGGGGUAAUGGUGAGGACUGCACGGAGAUAUCGUAA